GCAAUUGUAUUAGGCUGCACGCCAUCUAAACUAUAGUUUUCAUAGAUCGAAUUUUAUAUUUAUAUUUCUAUUAAAAAGUGAUACGACGCAUAUUUUUCAUUGUGUAUGUCGUUAUCUUGCAUUGCACUUAACAACAGUUUAAUAAAUUUUCGUGGUUAUUUAAUACUAAAAUAGUUGCAAUGGUUAUGAACACAUAACCUUACAUUGAGAUGUAUGUUUGAUCUUUAGUCUGUAAACAAUUACAGCACAAUUAAAUUUUAUUUGCAUAUUUAACAUGGAAGUGCUCAAAGAUUGUUCAGCAUAUUUAAGCAAUUAUGAAGUUUUGGAUAUUCUACAAAAUAUAAAAGCAAACAAGAAGCAAAAAAUGAAACAAAAUCAGUUAGCAACUAUAACUUAUCAGACCAUAAGAUAUUUAGAAGAGACUCCAUGUAAAAGACAAUCGCCUGAAAAAAUUAAAGAUUUUUUGAAAGCAAUAGAACCUUACAAGUUAACAAAAUGUGAGAAAUUAACUCUCCUAAAUGUGUGCCCUAAAACAGCUCUUGAAAUACAACUGAUAGUGGAAGAUAGCGAAGAUCGUCUAAACGAUGAAGAAGUAGAAUCUUUACUUCAAGUGAUAACAAGUAUUCUAGGCGAGGAUGAGCAAGCUGAUAAAGAUGGUCACCAUAUUCAACAAUUGCUACCAAUCAAAGAACGCUCCAGUAAAGUUCAACUGCGGAAGGAACUGCAACCGUUUGAUACACCGGCAGCAACAAAUAAUAAACGCCGAUAAGGAUAUUAGGGGUGGAUCAC